GCAGAUCACACAGUUCGAAAAAUGCGCAGAUAUUAUGCAGUUCAAUAUUGGUCGGGGUAAAGUCUCACAGGCGCUGUUCUGAUCCAGUUGUCCAAAACAGCCUGCAUUGCGAGGAUGGCGUGCCGAGUCACCCAUGCGUUGUAAGCACGUCUGUCAGAUAUUGCGUUGUAUGUAAUUCUGGAUGGAUCAUCGCGGCUUGCCUGGCAAUUGAACACCCGUCUUCUGACACAUGCCCCCUUCAUUGGUCAUCGGGUCAAGUUGCGCAGUGAUGUCUAUAUCUAUCGGACAAGAUGUUGCUUAGUCCCGAUGCGUUGUAUUGAAUUAUAGGCGAAGGAUGCUUUUGUCAGGCCGCUAUUUUUACCUCAGCUGGUGUAUAGGGUUGUCCGUAGUUGGGACUUCGCCGAGGCUCUCACGAGCACCUCGUGGGGGUGCUCGCCAUGGCACGCGCGCUGCAGAGGCUGAGCAUGUUUCCACUCGUGGUCCUCACCAACGCCACCGAGUUCCCCGACGGGACUCAGGUGAAUGAGGCGUUCGCCAGCCUUCACGCAGAGGUGCUGCCCGUGCAUCCGAUCCAGAUGCCCCAGCGCCACAAGGAUGGCUUGAUGUUCGAUCAUUGGGAGAUUGCUUGGUGGAAGCUCCAAAUCUGGAACCUCACCCAGUUCGAGAAGCUCAUCUGGCUCGAUUCGGAUGCCAUUCUCACCCGGAGCAUUGAUUGGUUAUUCGACCGCCCAUGGAUGUGGUCGCAGCGGGAUGACUGGUUCUGCGAUCUGAAUGUGCCCAAGGUGUGUUCGGGCAUCGUGCUAAUCUACCCAGACGAGAAGGAUUUUGAGGGACUCUUGAAGUACGCGGCCGAGGUUGAAGAUUUAUCGGAUGGCGGCGACCAAAAGUUGAUCAGCUUGUACUUCAAGAAUGUUCGCCACAAGCCGGUCAACCUUCUCGAUGACCUCGAGGCGAGUUUCGGCCACUGCUUGGGCAAGGCCCAGUCGCCGUA